AUCAAUUUUUUCUCUUAUAUUUCAUUUCAUGUAAAAUUUUGGAGCAUUCUAGCUUCAUAGGAAACGACGAUCCAACUUCUCUCUGUGUUUGUGUUGAUUGAAAUUGUUUGUUCUUCUCUCAAUUUUCAGUUUCAUACACCAGAAAUGGGAUUUCAGAAAAUAAGGGUUGAAAAUCCCAUCGUUGAAAUGGACGGAGAUGAAAUGACAAGAGUAAUUUGGAAAAUGAUAAAAGAUAAGCUUAUUUUGCCUUUUUUGGAGCUGGAUAUUAAGUAUUUUGAUCUUGGGCUUCCUCAUCGAGAUGCCACUAAUGAUAGAGUUACCAUUGAAAGUGCCGAAGCUACACUAAAGUAUAAUGUGGCUAUCAAAUGUGCUACUAUUACUCCAGAUGAAGGCCGUGUCAAGGAAUUUGGCUUAAAACAAAUGUGGAGGAGCCCAAAUGGGACAAUCCGGAACAUUUUAAAUGGCACAGUUUUUAGAGAGCCAAUCAUCUGUAAAAAUAUUCCUCGACUUGUUUCAGGCUGGACAAAGCCAAUAUGCAUUGGAAGACAUGCUUUCGGAGACCAAUAUCGGGCAACUGAUGCAGUUAUAAAAGGCCCAGGAAAGCUAAAAUUGAUGUUUAUACCUGAUGGACAUGAAGAGACUAAAGAGCUAGAGGUGUAUAAAUUCACUGGUGCUGGAGGUGUAGCUUUGUCCAUGUAUAAUACCGACGAGUCCAUUCGGGCUUUUGCCGAGGCUUCGAUGAACAUAGCUCACGAGAAAAAAUGGCCUCUCUACCUUAGCACUAAAAAUACCAUUCUAAAGAACUAUGAUGGAAGAUUCAAGGAUAUUUUCCAAGAAGUUUAUGACACCCGAUGGAGUAAUAAGUUUAAAGCUGCAGGAAUAUGGUAUGAACACCGUCUUAUAGAUGACAUGGUUGCGUAUGCUGUUAAAAGUGACGGAGGCUAUGUAUGGGCCUGCAAGAAUUAUGAUGGGGAUGUGCAGAGUGAUUUCAUAGCUCAAGGAUUUGGUUCUCUUGGCUUGAUGACUUCAAUAUUGGUUUGCCCGGAUGGGAAAACCAUUGAAGCAGAGGCAGCCCAUGGUACUGUUACCCGCCAUUUUCGGGUUCAUCAGAAGGGUGGUGAAACCAGUACAAACAGUAUUGCUUCAAUUUUUGCCUGGUCACAAGGUCUUGCACAUAGGGCAAAGUUGGAUGGAAAUGAUAGAUUGCUAGACUAUACAGAGAAACUGGAAGCAGCUUGCAUUGGAACAGUUGAAUUAGGAAAAAUGACAAAGGAUCUUGCGCUUCUUAUUCACGGACCCAAGGUUUCUAGGUCGCAUUAUUUGAAUACUGAAGAGUUCAUCGAUGCUGUAGCGGAGGAUCUGAGGACAAGAUUAACUACAAAAUCAAAGCUGUAGAGUUAACUAGUUUCUCUUGGGUUUAAGCACUUCUUAUGCUGAAUUUUGAAUUUGGAAUGUUUGUUUGAAUAAAAAAAAAUGGUAGAAGUUGGGUGGAGAGAAUACUAAGGAUAAUGCAUAUAGGGGACAGAAAUAACAGGCAGAAUCAAGCCAGAAGGGACUACACUCUCCCCAUUUAACUUAAAAUAAGGACUUCCUAGAACUGGAUUUUCCAUACUACAGAUAGAAAAGCUUGGUAUAUUCACAGAGAGUUUAUUAGCAUGGUAGAACUUGAACUGAUUUUGGAUUUUCCACGCCCUAAACAGGGAUUCAAUGUAAUAACAUCCCCAAAUUGAGGAGCUAUAUAUUCUCUAUCUUAUGUUCUUUUGUUAUAGAUAUUUAAAUAUUUUUUGUGAAAAUGUUAAAGAUGCUUUAUAUGAA